AUGCGAUUUAAAGUAUUUUUUAUUAUAAAUAAAAACUGUUUUCAUUCUUUGAAAUGGAUCAAAUUUGAUUUAAUUAUCAAAGCAAAUUUUAUCAUAAAUAUGGUUAAAAAUAUACCUGGUAAGCCUAAAUCCGGAAAGCCAUGGAAAACUAACUCGAAAAAAUCCACAAAAUUGGACGAAGAGCACAAAGCAGCCUUACCAAAGGUAACAUUUGAAGAAAGAAUGAAGAAAAAGCAGGAAUUAGAAGAAGUUAAAAAACUAGAAAAAUCACUGAUGGAAGAAAGAGCGAAUAAGCUAAAGCAAGCCAGAGAAAAAUCUGAAACGAAGAAAAAAAACAAAGAGAUAAACCAGUUUAAGAGCUCUUCAUUCCAAGUCAUCAAAAACACAAAGAAAAUGAAGACGAUGAGCAAAAAAUUGAGAUCACAAAUUGCCAAGAUGCCACCAGGAAUGUUUUAUAAGGUCAUUCAUGGUAAAAAUAUCAAUAAUUAA